CCUCCAUUCUUCCUCUGGCCUACAAAUCCAUCAUCUAUUUUUUCCAAGCUUGUUCGAUUAUUCUUGCAAAUCCAGGGCUGGGUGCUUGAAAACAAUGGCUGAAUUUUGGAAGUGUUUAUUACUUGUUGCAUUGCUAGUCUCAACCUGUGCCACUGUUUCUGAAAGCCGAGUGGCAAGGAAAGAGCUGGGUAUAGACCUGGGAGGAAUUGGGGUUGGUUUGGGUAUUGGGCUUGGUCUUGGGCUUGGUGGAAAUGGUUCAGGCUCUGGAGCUGGUGCUGGUGCUGGCUCUGGUUCUGGUUCUCGGUCCAGUUCUAGUUCUAGCUCAUCUUCUUCAUCAAGUUCUUCGGGUUCAGGCUCUGGGGCAGGGUCAGAAGCAGGUUCAUCAGCUGGAUCGUAUGCUGGGUCGAGAGCUGGGUCAGGUGGAAGAGGCUAGAUUCUAGAUCCACAAAUGGAAGAUCUGGAAACAAAAAAUAAAUAAUAAUAACAACGACAAUAAUAAUCAGCACGAAAGCCUGCAAAGGUUUUCAGUCCUCAACGUUUUUAUAUAAAUAGUUAAUUUAUUUUCUGUGUGCUUUUGUCAGAGUGUUUUGUCAAAAACCUUCAAGUGCUACUGAAAAGAAAAAACUACAGUUUAUAUUAUCAAAA